AUGGGGUCAUCCCCUCCAUUCCUUUACGAUCGCCCUGCUACAUACAGCCUCUGCGGCCCUACUGAUCCAGAAUUCAAUCCCAAGGCCGUGACGCAGGCUAGCUGGAGAAUCCCAGAGCCUAAAGAAAAACCAACAGGGCCUUUAAUCAGCUUCAACAAGCAUCCCGACACAUGGGGCGGUUUCGACAACAGGUCAACAUGGACGCCUAUGCACCCUAACACCAAGAAAAGAGUUACUCGCACACGCCAUAUACAGCUGGGCCUUCGAAUUAUUACUCUCAUUGGAUCACUUGGUUCCCUUUUCUUCUCCGUCGUUAUCACUCAGGCCUCGGCGAGAAUGAUUUGGAUUAUUAGGGCGGCUCCUAUUGCCGCAAUUCUUCACACUAUCUAUGCCAUAUACACUCUUUGCCAAUCACCAAUUACUCGUCCAACGGGAUCACAAGCCAGCUAUGCCGUCUUCGCAUCCAUUUUGGAUUUGGGAAUAAUCCCAUUUUACGUCUUCACUGCAUACAUCUCCCAUGCGGAAUACACAAUGCAGGAUUACGGUUGGGGUACCUUCUUCAACAGUGCCGCUAUUAAAUUUGAAAUUGUUGAGGGCAUGUUCAUCGUGGCCAUUGUUAAUGGCGCACUACACCUAGUGUCACUUGCCCUCUCAAUCUACUUAGCCGUUGCCUUCCAUAAAAUCUCUCAGCUUCCUCCUGAUAUGAACCCUCUGGAAGACAAUCUGACUGCUCUGCCCCGAAAGACCCGCAAGGGUAUUGAGGCGGAUGAAAAACACUGGAGUUCUUCUACCUUGCAAUCGAACCUCGAAGACCCGUACGACCCUCUUAUUGGACCACCCCGAACUGUGCCUUUCAUCCACACCCGCGGUCUUUCCAUUGGUGGCGACUCAAGCAAAGGCUCUUUUGAGACAAACGAGAAGCGUACUUCUGUAUUGUCAUUCCAGCAGCAUCGUCAUCGUCAUCGUCUCUCUCAGAUGGAGCCCCAUAGUCCCCAUAGUCCCCUUAGUCCUGAUACGUUUUACGAUCACACAGCACUCCAGCCGCUCGAUCUCACAUCGCAUUCAGGAAAACCCGAAUAUCGUAAUGUUGCUUCUCACUCUCCAGAAUUUGUCGAUGCUACCACCCAGAUACGUCCUCUGUCAGCGGAUCGUUCGAACUCUGUCAGUUCCGUGUCUGAGGAGAAUUGGGUUACCUACGCCGAUGGACCCCCGUCACCAACCAGUAAUAAGCAGAAGGAUGAUAAUGUAAACGGCAAUGCACCAAUUCGCCAUUCGUCUUCUAUUUACAGCAAGACGACCUCUUCCACUGGCAGCACCAUUCGAGACUGGUUCGCCUACGGCCAAAAGCCACCAGCUUCCAUUGGAAAAGCAAUCCCAGAAAGCAUUCGCGGGGAAUAUACAUCCCUAGCCAUGCAUGAGUUUUACGGGAAAGACGAAGGCACUCGUGAGCAAGACUUGGGUGACACACGUUUCAAUAUCUUCCCAGACCCGGAAGAGUACGAGCAGGGAUUUGGAGAUGGUGAACAGAAGGAUGGUCUUCCAUUUAAUCCUCUUAUGCUGAACCCCCCAACUCCCCAGCCUCCUUUCACUGAAAUUCUCGAAGAGACAGAUCAGGUUCGGCGCAUUGCUCUGAGCGACAACCCAAACCUUAUGUCCAACCAGAAGGCAGAACCAUACCUUUCUGAUGAGUCGAUUGAUGAUUUCGCUCCAGCCACGCCCAAGCACCACUUUUAUGACGAUUUGGGAGACGAUGGACCUAGAGUGAGCCGAUCUCGCGAUGUCAGCGUCCAGGAAGAUGCUCAGAAGAAGCAAUCAAAGCUUGUAAAGAAGCGCAGCAAGAUGGCAGCUUACGCUUCUCUCAAGAAGGAUGACAGCGAUGAUGAGAGCCCUCUCAACACUCGUGUCAUAUCUUCGCCAGCUACCAAGGAUGGGGAUCGCAAGGGCCGUGUUGUCAGUAACUCUGGCGCGGACGCCGCACAGUCAGGUCUCGUUGAAGGCGUUGGUGCUUCCCUCUCCUCGUAUGGAAGCUAUAUUGCCGGUCUUGGAGUUGGUCGUCGGCGCGAUGUCAGCGGCAAGAUCGCCGAGGAGGGCCGUAGUUUCCAUAUUUUUGACGAGAAUUCGGCCCCUGAACAGCCGAAAAGUACAGCAACUACCCCUAUUCGUGCUGCUGGAUGGGCUCGCUUCGCCGGACUCUAA